AUGCUUCGCCUCCUCUACCUUGCGUUCCUGUACAAGAAGAAUGGCGGGCAGUGCGACGUUUUCUGCCGUGCGGAGACCGCCGCUGUCGGAACCCCACGCAGGAAGUGGGAAGUUCCAGAGCUCAAGGCACGCUUGACGAGGGACACGGUUUCUUCCUCGCUGGCCCUUAGCUCGAUUGCCGCCGAUAUUGACGUCGUGACAGACUGGUUCUUCUAUUUCUCCGACGAGGUCCAGAACGAUGCAUCGUUCGAGGGGCUCAAAGAAGCGUCCCUGUUCUUCACACUCUUCGGGACGCUCACGUGGGUGCUGUUGGCCACGGACUGCCCAGGAUGGCUUAGGAACGGGGCCUGCCCCGAUACCACGGGGCGCGCUGGGCGCUACUUUUCGUGGCCCUUACUAAACGUCGUUCUGGAGGACUUGCCGCAGCUGGCCAUCACCGGCAUGACGACAGGCUUCACCACGGUGGCUGGAGCCAUGAACAUCGCCGCGUCGGUGUUCUCGUUCUUGGCCAAGGCGGCCGAGGCUCUCGCCAGCCUCGAAGAGGACGAUUUACCUAGGAUGUUCCACAUGGCGGCCACGGCCAAGGGGAGGGUGGAGUCUGUGAUUGAGCUGAAGAACGCACUGCUGGGAAAGAAACAGGAGGCUGAGGUGCUCGCUCCGUUGAUUUCAAGCGCCAACGCGGAUGAGCCCGAGUCUAUGAGGAUGGCCUGGGAGGUAGCUCGCGACCACCACUGGUGGGCGGAUCAGUUACAGUUGUCGAAGAUCGAGUUCAUUUCGGAGGAAAGCGACCAUUCGUUUCCGUUUCUGGAAGGUCGAAUCCCGAAGGGGCUCGGUGCGGCGAAGGAGCUGGUGACUCUCUGCAUUCAGAGACAAAACCUUUCAGGCUCCAUCCCGCUGGAACUAGGCGAAUUGGCCAACCUGGAGACCCUGAACCUAUCUCGGAACAACCUCACCGGUGGCAUCCCCAACGAAUUGAUCCAGCUUGCUCGCCUACAGACUCUGAUGCUGAACAACAACAGCCUCAAUGGGCCGAUACCGGCUCGACUCGGCGAAAUGCCCUCCCUUGUGGGGCUACACCUACAGCAAAAUAAACUCUCUGGACCGGUUCCGUCAGCAUCGGUCGUGCCUGCCUCUCUCAAGCUCCUGGAUCUCUGGAACAACGAGCUCACGGGUCCUAUCCCGGACACACUGGGGACGAGAACGAACCUGGAAAGGCUGAUUCUUUCCAGCAAUCGCAUCGACGGAGCCCUGCCGGCGACACUGGCAAACUUGACGAAUCUCACGAAGCUGUUCAUUCGCAAGAGUCGUCUUACAGGUAGCAUUCCGCCACAAUUGAGCCGGCUGGUGAAGCUUAAGGAACUGUCCUUCUUUAACAACGAGCUCUCAGGUCCUAUUCCUGUAGAAGCGCUUUCAAAGCUGACCAACCUCACCGAGCUCGACAUCAGCGACAACCGAUUCGAAGAGCCAGAUUGUACAAGAUCACAAGAGAGCCUCGAGAGGCACCUGCCCCACGCCUCGGUCAAGAUCGAACGUUAA